CAAAAGCAUGCGGUACAGAAAUUCCAGCAAUCAAAAUAAUAUUCAGAAACCUGAAUUAAUUACUUGGUUGUUGUAAACAUCGGCAGAGAUACAAAUAAUCAGUAGGCUUUUAAAAUGGACGGCGAUAGCUUUCAGCAAUGGAAGAAUCAGUGUCUUAAUAAGUGUGAUUUCAGUAAGAAGGGCAGUGUGGAUGAAGACAUCUCUCAUGUCGUCUCCUUUAUUAACAGUCAGGAUCGCUAUUUUACCACAAGCUCUUGCUCCGGAAGAAUCAUUCUUUUUGACGCGGUUUCAGAUUGCCCUGAUGUGCAAAAGCAAAACUGUUCCUGGUUAUUUGUCACCCAUCAGAAAUGCCAAAUGGAAGAUGUGGUCAGAGGUUUGGAGAAGUCUGUCGGAGAUGCUACAUUCAAGUUUGAGCCAUUUGUGCUUCACGUUCAGUGUAAACAGCUUGAAGAUGCACAACUACUGCACACUGUCGCAAUAAACUCAGGCUUUAGGAAUUCUGGUAUAACUGUGGGAAAGAAAGGCAAGAUCAUCAUGGCCGUGCGCAGCACACACUGUCUAGAAGUUCCUCUCAGCCACAGGAGUCACGUCCUCGUCACUCAUCAGUACCUCGACUUCCUAGUCGGAGUUGCUAACCAGAAGAUGGAAGAAAAUCUUAAAAGGAUACAGAGAUUCUCAGAGUGCCUGCAAGCUGCCCUACAACCUCAAGAAGAAAAAUGCAGUUUUAAGGAGGCGGACAACAAAACAGUCUACAGACGAAGGCGGAAACGAACACAGGACGUCUCGGUGACAGACAGUUCCCAAAACACACAAGAACAUCAUGAAAACACAGAAGAGGAAAUUGACUGUGAUCUACUGUUUUUAUUAUAGAAAACCUUCCCUUUCGUCAUCUGAUCACAAUUUAUCAACAAUACACAUUACACCCAUUUACUGUGAAGUUCAGUCCUUCAGUCAUUUUUAAUGACAAAUGUAAAUCAAACACACUUCCUUUGUGAUAAGGCGCAUCUGCUUCCUGAAUAGCUGCCUCAUUAUUUAUAAUCCGUUGUAGUUUACACGCCGUCAGUUCAAAGCUUUCGUGUGUGCAAACCUUCAUUCUGUAGCUGCUCUAGAAGGAAGAUGUUGUCCAGCGAUGUCCCUCACAGCUAUGUAGAAAUGGGCCGUGUUAUUCAUCUCUGACAAGCAAUUUGUCAGGCGUCGCUGUGAAACGCAGUGUGGUUUGGAGCACAUUUCCUCAGGAUUAUAAGGCAUCGCUGUGGGGUCGAGUCCUGCAACGGCUCAUUUGGGCGACUUGGCUCAUUAACAGUCCACUCUUUCUGCCAUGAGAAAUCAAAAGCAAAAUGAAGCAGAUGUACAGUUUCAUUCAUGUUUUCUUUCAUGUUUUUAAUAAAGACAAGACCGACUGUGUUUAUCA